UCUCUUCUAUACCUGGAGAACCAGGAAAAUGGUGGUGAUGGCGCGAGUCUCGCGGCCCGAGCGGCCGGACCUUGUCUUUGAGGAAGAGGACCUUCCCUAUGAGGAGGAAAUCAUGCGGAACCAGUUCUCUGUCAAAUGCUGGCUCCGCUACAUUGAGUUCAAACAGGGUGCCCCAAAGCCCCGACUCAAUCAGCUGUAUGAGCGGGCACUCAAGCUGCUGCCCUGCAGCUACAAACUCUGGUACCGCUACCUGAAGGCACGCCGGGCACAGGUGAAGCAUCGCUGUGUGACCGACCCUGCCUAUGAAGAUGUCAACAACUGCCAUGAGAGGGCGUUUGUGUUCAUGCACAAGAUGCCCCGUCUAUGGCUAGAUUAUUGCCAGUUCCUCAUGGACCAGGGACGUGUCACACACACACGCCGCACCUUUGACCGCGCCCUCCGGGCACUACCCAUCACACAGCACUCUCGUAUUUGGCCCCUGUAUCUGCGCUUCCUACGUUCACACCCACUGCCAGAGACCGCUGUGCGAGGUUAUCGGCGCUUCCUCAAGCUGAGUCCUGAGAGCGCCGAGGAGUACAUCGAGUACCUGAAGUCAAGUGACCGGCUGGAUGAGGCUGCGCAGCGGCUGGCCACUGUAGUGAAUGAUGAGCGCUUUGUGUCCAAGGCCGGCAAGUCCAACUAUCAGCUGUGGCACGAGCUGUGUGACCUCAUCUCCCAGAACCCGGACAAGGUGCAGUCGCUCAAUGUGGACGCCAUCAUCCGCGGUGGUCUCACCCGCUUCACUGACCAGCUAGGAAAGCUAUGGUGCUCACUGGCUGACUACUACAUCCGCAGCGGCCACUUUGAGAAGGCUCGGGAUGUGUACGAAGAGGCCAUCCGCACUGUGAUGACCGUGCGGGACUUCACACAGGUGUUUGACAGCUAUGCCCAGUUUGAGGAGAGCAUGAUCGCCGCUAAGAUGGAGACUGCCUCUGAGCUGGGGCGUGAGGAGGAGGACGAUGUGGACCUGGAGCUGCGCCUGGCCCGCUUUGAGCAGCUCAUCAAUCGGCGGCCCCUGCUCCUCAACAGCGUCCUGCUACGGCAAAACCCACAUCACGUGCAUGAGUGGCACAAGCGCGUGGCCUUGCACCAGGGCCGCCCCCGGGAGAUCAUCAACACCUACACAGAGGCAGUGCAGACAGUGGACCCCUUCAAGGCCACAGGCAAGCCCCACACCCUGUGGGUCGCAUUUGCCAAGUUUUAUGAGGACAAUGGGCAGCUGGAUGAUGCCCGCAUCAUCCUUGAGAAGGCCACCAAAGUGAACUUUAAGCAGGUGGAUGACCUGGCAAGUGUAUGGUGCCAGUGUGGGGAGCUGGAGCUCCGGCAUGAGAAUUACGACGAGGCCUUGAGGCUGCUGCGGAAAGCAACAGCACUGCCUGCCCGCCGGGCCGAAUAUUUCGAUAGCUCAGAGCCUGUGCAGAACCGUGUGUAUAAGUCACUGAAGGUAUGGUCGAUGCUCGCUGACCUGGAGGAGAGCCUGGGCACCUUCCAGUCCACUAAGGCCGUGUAUGACCGCAUCCUGGACUUGCGCAUCGCCACACCUCAGAUUGUCAUCAACUACGCCAUGUUCCUGGAGGAGCACAAGUACUUCGAGGAGAGCUUUAAGGCAUAUGAGCGAGGCAUCUCACUGUUCAAGUGGCCCAAUGUGUCGGACAUCUGGAGCACCUACCUGACUAAAUUCAUCGCUCGCUAUGGAGGCCGUAAGCUGGAGCGGGCUCGGGACCUGUUCGAGCAGGCGCUGGAUGGCUGUCCACCCAAAUAUGCCAAGACCCUGUACCUGCUAUACGCACAGCUGGAGGAAGAAUGGGGCCUGGCCCGGCACGCCAUGGCUGUGUAUGAUCGCGCCACCAGGGCCGUGGAGCCCGCUCAGCAGUAUGACAUGUUCAACAUCUAUAUCAAGCGGGCUGCCGAGAUCUAUGGCGUCACCCACACCCGUGGCAUCUACCAGAAGGCCAUCGAGGUGCUUUCUGAUGAGCACGCCCGGGAGAUGUGCCUGAGGUUUGCGGACAUGGAGUGUAAACUCGGGGAGAUCGACCGUGCCCGGGCCAUCUACAGCUUCUGCUCUCAGAUCUGCGACCCCCGGACCACUGGAGCAUUCUGGCAAACAUGGAAGGACUUUGAGGUCCGGCACGGCAACGAGGACACCAUCAGGGAGAUGCUGCGAAUCCGUCGCAGCGUGCAGGCUACGUACAACACACAGGUCAACUUCAUGGCUUCCCAGAUGCUCAAGGUGUCAGGCAGCGCCACAGGCACCGUGUCUGACCUGGCCCCUGGGCAGAGUGGCAUGGAUGACAUGAAGUUGCUGGAGCAGCGAGCGGAGCAGCUUGCAGCCGAGGCUGAGCGGGACCAGCCCCCGCGAGCCCAGAGCAAGAUCCUCUUUGUGAGGAGCGAUGCAUCCCGGGAGGAGCUGGCAGAGCUGGCCCAGCAGGCCAACCCUGAAGAGAUCCAGCUUGGUGAAGAAGAGGAUGAAGACGAGAUGGACCUGGAACCCAAUGAGGUACGACUGGAGCAGCAGAGCGUGCCAGCUGCCGUGUUCGGGAGCCUGAAGGAAGACUAACUGCCCCACCCCCUUCCCCUCUAAUACAGCCCGUUUGUACGUCA